GGGGAGUGGGUGGGACUUGUUGGUUACGAUCACGGAUGUUUCCUUGAACUUUGCUGUCUCGGACCUUCGAUAUAAGUAUCUCCAAGAAUGGGAAGUGUGCUGGCUGCUAGCUCUCCUAGCCCUGCUCCAGCUGCACCUGGAGGGGGCACAGUUGGGCCUGGGUUGAUGUCUGUGCCUCCAGGUUUCACCAUGCCCUCUGUGCCCACAUCUUCGACUUCUGAACAGUCUGCAGAGGGAGACAGUCCUCUCCCAAACCCAGGCACCUAUGAAGAGUGUCAUCGCAAAUGCAAAGAGGUAUUUCCCUUACAAAUGGAGGGAGUGCGGUUGGUGGUUAACAAAGGCUUGAGUAACCACUUCCAAGUUAGCCAUACCAUAACACUCAGUACUGUGGCGGAUUCUGGUUAUCGAUUUGGUGCUACCUAUGUAGGAAGGAAACAAACCAGCCCAACAGAGUCUUUUCCGGUGAUGGUUGGAGAUAUGGAUAAUACUGGGAGCCUGAAUGCCCAGAUUAUUCAUCAGCUAACAUCUGCAGUUCGCUCCAAAAUAGCAAUUCAGACUCAGCAACAUAAAUUUGUCAACUGGCAGUGUGACAUGGAGUACAGAGGAGCAGACUUCACCUCAGCUGUGACACUUGGAAACCCAGAUGUAUUAGUAGGAUCAGGUAUCUUAGUGACCCACUAUCUGCAGUCCAUCACUCCAUCACUGGCUUUGGGUGGGGAACUUGUCUAUCAUCGAAGGCCUGGGGAAGAGGGAACAGUCACUUCCUUUUUGGGAAGGUAUACAGGUGAUAACUGUGUCGCUACUUUGACCUUGGGUGGUGGAGGAGCUCAUGCAACAUACUAUCACAAAGCCAAUGAUCAGUUACAGGUAGGCGUGGAAUUUGAAGCCAAUACACGGAUGCAAGAGACUGCAACAUCAUUGGGUUAUCAGUUAGACCUCCCUAAGGCUAAUUUACUAUUUAAAGGUACGAUUGAUAGUAAUUGGGUUGUAGGAGCAACCCUUGAAAAGAAACUGCUCCCGCUGCCCCUUACAUUAGCUUUGGGAGCUUUUCUAAACCAUCGCAAGAAUAAGUUCCAGUGUGGCUUUGGAGUCACUAUUGGCUAACCUGGUGGAACAUCUCCAAGCUGUUUCCUCAUUUUGGACCAGUUUAAACUAAUCAUGAACAAGAGAGACUCCUUUUGCAAUUGUGAGUUUGGGACAUCAAAGAGACAUUGGAAUGGUCAAGCCAUGCCUAUAUUUUGUAGCACUCUGUCUUUCCAUGUUGGUGUAUAGAGAGGAUUUAGAGGGCAUCAGACGGAUAUAUUGUCAGACAAAAUAAAUAUAGUAACGUUUUA